GUCUGCGUAUAACAUAACACAAGCAUUAUAUAUCAAUAAUCACCGUAUUGGAUUAAGAUAAUCUUCUUCUUCGUAUUUAAAAAAAAAAAAAUACAAAAUAAAUUUAAGCUAAAGAGUGAUUUGCUUUGCUUGAGACUAUUGCAUGUCGGCUUUGUACAUUUCGCAUAUAAUAGAAAAACCUAUCUGUCUUGAGUUUUGCAAGUCGGACUCUGAUUCCUCGGCGACAAGUUAGUUUCUUCCACCUUGAUCCCGUCGACAAUACCCUGUUCAUAUACUCACCCGGUCUCUAACAACUCGAAACAAUCAAUUAUUUUUAUAAUUUUUUUUUGGGUCCUCGUUCCACGAUUUUCCAUUUUUGGGUUUCAUUGGUAUUUCUGGGUUUCUCCUAUUUUUGAUCAUCUCCCUCGCUGACACUGCUUUCUGGUGGUUCCUUUUUUUUUUUUUUUUUUUUUUGGGUUCUGACAGCGAGUGGCUUGCUUUUUGUUUUUAUUUUUUUAUUUUUUUGUCAAAGUGGGUUUUUGAUGUGGUGAAUUUCCGGAAGUUGGAUUCCGGCGUCGAAAUGGAAUCUGUGGUGCGAGAGAUUCUAAUUCACUUUGCUGAUUCGAAUGUUUUGAACACAAAGUUGUAAAUUUUGUUCCUUUCCUUUCCUUCCCAUCCCUUUAUGUUUUCUGGGUCGACGGAAAGAGGUUUCAUUGCAUCAAUUUGUUAUAGUUGAGAUCGUAACUAAGUAUUCAGCUUUGGUUGUGAAUUCUCAAAAUCAUUGAGCUGUCAUACCAGUAAAAUAGCUGGAAUGGAAAGCUAAAGUUGGGAUUUUUAGCAAUUUGUAAAGCUUGGAGAAAAGUAAUGUUUAGAGAAAACGUCACUGAUUUUUUGAAGCUUGGGAAGCAGGCCGAGGUUUAUCACCCGGGUUCAAUGUGAAUUCAGAGAUCUUGUUUAUAGGCAUUGAAGGGUGGCUCAUAAAAACCCGUGCUGAUUACUUGAACAAGUGGUACUGCAGUUUUUGGUUGUUGGGUCGCAGCUGCUAAUUUUAAAAAAAAGAAAAAAAGAAGAAGGAAAAACUGUCUUUAUGAUAAGACUUUGGUGGUGUACAAAGCAGGUGAUUGAGUUUCUUUGAGAGUUAUUAUCCAUAUCUAUAAGCAUGAAGGCUCCCUCUAAUGGGUUUUUGGCUACUUCUGGAGAAGCACUGGUUUUGAUUGUUUGACGUUGCUCAAACCAAUGACAGAUUUUGAUUGGCGUAAUAAAAGCAAUAUUUUAGUAAUCUACUGUAGGUUCACCUUCACAUCAGUAGUAAAGAUAAAAACAAAAGAAAGGAGAGAGGAAGAGUAUUAAUUCAGAGUUAUGGCAUGCAUGUGCUGGGCCACUGGUUUCUUUGCCUCCAGUUGGAAGUCUCGUGGUUUACUUCCCUCAAGGUCACAGUGAACAAGUUGCAGCUUCAAUGCAGAAGGAGACCGAUUUCAUACCUAACUACCCCAACCUUCCAUCAAAGUUGAUUUGCAUGCUUCAUAAUGUCACAUUGCAUGCUGAUCUAGAGACAGAUGAGGUCUAUGCACAGAUGACACUCCAGCCGGUAAACAAAUAUGACAAAGAAGCAUUACUGGCAUCAGACAUUGGCCUCAAGCAUAGUAGGCAACCUGCUGAGUUCUUCUGUAAAACUCUUACAGCUAGCGAUACAAGUACUCAUGGUGGAUUUUCUGUACCUCGUCGGGCAGCUGAGAAGAUCUUCCCAGCUUUAGACUAUUCAAUGCAACCCCCGGCUCAGGAACUAGUUGCUCGAGAUUUGCAUGAUAAUGCAUGGACAUUCAGACAUAUUUAUCGCGGCCAACCGAAGAGGCACCUGCUGACUACAGGUUGGAGUGUCUUUGUUAGCACAAAAAGACUCUUUGCUGGAGAUUCUGUUCUUUUUAUAAGAGAUGAAAAAUCACAGCUUCUAUUGGGUAUUAGGCGUGCUAACAGACAGCAGCCAGCUCUCUCUUCAUCAGUCAUAUCCAGUGACAGUAUGCAUAUUGGAAUUCUUGCUGCUGCCGCACAUGCAGCUGCAAAUAACAGCCCGUUUACAAUAUUUUACAACCCAAGGGCAAGUCCUUCUGAGUUUGUGAUUCCCUUAGCCAAGUAUAAUAAAGCAAUGUAUACACAAGUCUCACUUGGCAUGCGAUUCAGAAUGAUGUUUGAGACUGAGGAGUCAGGAGUACGCAGAUACAUGGGCACAAUUACUGGUAUAAGUGAUUUAGACCCAGUAAGAUGGAAAAAUUCGCAGUGGCGCAAUCUUCAGGUUGGAUGGGAUGAAUCAACUGCUGGUGAACGGCCAAGUCGAGUUUCAAUUUGGGAAGUUGAACCUGUUGUAACUCCUUUCUACAUAUGUCCGCCUCCAUUUUUCAGACCCAAGUUUCUCAAACAACCAGGGAUGCCAGAUGAUGAAUCUGACAUAGAGAAUGCUUUCAAGAGAGCCAUGCCUUGGCUUGGAGAUGAUUUGGGCAUGAAGGAUGCUUCGAACUCAAUUUUCCCAGGUUUGAGUUUAAUGCAGUGGAUGAGCAUGCAGCAAAAUAAUCAAUUUUCAGCUGCUCAGUCGGGAUUUUUCCCAUCUAUGGUUUCUCCAACUACACUGCAAAGUAAUGUUAGUACUGAUGACCCAUCCAAAUUAUUGAGCUUUUCAAACCCAGUCCCAUCGGGGCCAAGUGUCCAGUUCAAUAAAGCUACUCCACAAAACCAAGUCAAUCAAGUGCAACAGCCACCUGUGACAUGGCCUCAACAACAGCAGCUGCAUCAGCUAUUACAGAAUCCUGCAAACCAACAACAGCAUAAUUACUCCCAGCAUCAACUGCAGCAAUUGUUACAGAGUCAGCCAAAUCAACCCCCGCAGAAUCACUCACAACAGCAACAGCAACAGCAACAGCGGCAGCAACAUCAGCAUCAGCAGCAACUACAGCAUCAGCAGCAACAGCAGACACAACAGCAACCACAGCAGCAACAGCAGCAGAUAUGCCAACCUCCGCUUGUAAAUAAUGCUGUGGUUGCUCCUAACCAGAUCCCAAACCAAAGUUUGAAACAGCCAGCUGUAUACUCUCAGCUUCAACAACAGCAAUUACUUACAGGCAGUACUCAAUCCCAGCAAAAUGUGCAGCCUAGUAAGAAUUCAGUUCAGCUGACAUCAUUGCCACAAGACUCCCACUUUCAGCAACAGAUGGAACUGCAAACAAGCCUUUCGGCAAAACAGCAGCCGACACAAAUGCAGCAGAAUCCACUACAGUUUCUGCAGCAAAGCCUGUCUCAGAGAGCACAACAGCAGCCACAAGUACAACAAUUAUCACAACAGGGCCUCUCAGAACAACAGCUUCAAUUGUUACAGAAAUUACAGCAGCAACAACAGCAACAACAGCAACAACAGCAACAACAGCAACAACAGCAACAGCAGCAACAGCAGCAGCAGUUACUCUCCCCACAAAGCUCACUUUUGCAGCCCCAAAUGCUACAGCAACAUCAGGCACAUCAACAACACCCACUACAAUCAUUGCCAUUGUCUCAACAUCACCAGCAACACCAGCAACAGCUUAGCAGCAAUAGCUUCUCAGCAGAAAAGCUUCUCAACGUUCACUUCUCAAAUUCAACAUUAACACCAUCUCAACAGAUUCCAGUCAGCCAACCACAGAGCCACCACAAGUCACCUACAGCAAUGAGAGCCAAUUCUGGGCUUACAGAUGGAGAUGCUCCAUCAUGUUCAACCUCCCCUUCUACAAAUAAUUGCCAGGUUUCUCCAUCAAACCUUCUGAACAGAAACCAACAAGGACAACCCAUACUAAUGUCGGACUCGGUGGUGGAACCUGCAGUUAAUUUGGUUCAAGAGCUUCAAAGCAAGUCUGAUAUUCGAAUCAAACAUGAAAUGCCCUGUUCAAAGGGACCAGACCAGCUUAAAUAUAAAGGUACUAUCACUGAUCAGUUGGAAGCUUCCUCUUCUGGAACAUCAUAUUGUCUGGAUGCUGGCGCAAUCCAACAGAGCUUCCCACUCCCAACCUUCUGUUUGGAUGGUGAUGUCCAAUCACAUCCUCGAAAUAAUAUUCCUUUUUCAGCUAACAUUGAUGGAUUGCCACCAGACACUUUGUUGUCUAGAGAAUACGACUCUCAGAAAGAUCUUCAAAACUUACUUUCAAAUUAUGGGGGUACUCCGAGAGAUAUUGAGACAGAGUUGUCCACUGCUGCGAUCAGCUCUCAGUCAUUUGGCGUUCCUAACUUGCCUUUCAAGCCUGGGUGCUCAAAUGAGGUUGCAAUCAACGAAGCUGGGGUCUUGAGCAAUGGAUUGUGGGCUAAUCAGACUCAACGAAUGAGAACAUAUACAAAGGUGCAAAAGCGUGGCUCCGUUGGGAGGUGUAUUGAUGUGACCCGUUAUAAAGGGUAUGAUGAACUCAGGCACGAUUUGGCCCGCAUGUUUGGGAUUGAAGGGCAACUAGAAGAUCCGCAGAGGACUGACUGGAAGCUUGUGUAUGUAGACCAUGAAAACGACAUACUUCUUGUUGGUGAUGAUCCAUGGGAGGAGUUUGUAAACUGCGUUCAGAGCAUAAAAAUACUUUCAUCUGCUGAAGUGCAGCAGAUGAGUUUGGAUGGAGAUCUGGGUAACAUCCCAGUUCCCAAUCAAGCUUGUAGUGGAACUGACAGUGGAAAUGCAUGGAGGGGACAGUAUGAUGAUAACUCAGCAGCUUCCUUUAACCGGUAAAAAUUUUCUAAGAUGAAAAUAAAAACACGACUAGUUUAAAGCCUUUAAUAUGUGUUUCCCAUUGAGGAUGAAAAAGAAGUCUUACGGCAUGUGGGACAAAGUUUUUCUACAAGGAUGUGUUGAAGGAAUGAGGGACAGUUUUUCUACAAGGAUGUGUUGAAGGAAUUGUGUUGAAGGAAUGAGCUCCUGUUUUUCCAAAAUGUGUAGGUAAUCCUUUUUCAGUUUGAUAUAGUUGGCAGAAAAUACAGAUUCCAGCUUCUACUCUUUGGUUGCCAAGCCAGGCCUUAAAAACAGUUGGAAGUUUUUGCAGAGGUACGGCAGCAAAAAUGGCAAAUGAUGUACAACAAGAUCUUUUUUAUUAUUAUUAUUAUUAUUAUUAUUUUGGUUUAAUAUAUAUAUAUAUAUAUAUAUAUAUUUGAGACUGAUUUAACAAUCCCGUUAUUAGUUUGUAAAUUCUGUGAUAGAGAACAAAUCAUUGUGAGGAAAUAUUUUACUAGCUGUAGCAACGAACUGUUUGGACAAUAUACAAUGGCAUUCUAACUGUUCCACGAUGAUUAUUAUUGAAAAUCAUUGUGCCACAGGCGGGCAUUAAUUUCCAGUGUAUUUCUUUGUAGACUCUCUAGUUGUAUAUAUAUGUAUUUGAGGUUGGCUACAAAAAUUUCAAGUGCCUUGCUUGCUACUCAGCAUCACAUUUCUUCCUCACUCUGCAAAAUCUUCUGAAGCAGUUUAUAAUUUAUUACUAAAAGAACAUAAGGAAGCAAAUAGAGAGAUGGUGAAAUUAUUAAUAUUAAGAAAUCCAUUGAGUGACCUAAAAGAGAUGACCAUUAGACUUAGGAUAAAAUUAGUAUAGAACAAAAAAAUACUUGGAAUAAAAUUCAUAAAUGGAUGCUUAAAAACUAUCACAUUUUUUUUUUUUCUUUUUUCGGGUGAAUGAUUAAAAACUAUCAGCUAGUUCCGUCAACUAAAUGCCUAAACACGGCUCUUUUUUUAAGAAAAAAAAAAUUUUCUAAUAACAAAUCGAUUUUCCUGUUUUGUUAACAAAUGCGCAAUGCUUUACCGCGACGAAGCACGUAUGUUUUGGGACUAAAAUUUAUUAUUUGAAACCCCAAAGAAAAUUAAAAAUACUUGCAACAUUCAAAUCAUAUUAUUUGUCAGUUAAUUUGAAACAAAUGUUACGUUCAUUUAGAUUUCUUUUUCGCUGACUCACAAACUUUCACUUCUCUUUUUUUUUUUUUUUUCAACUUAGUUAAACCCAAUUUUUACGAAAGAACCUUUGUAUUAUCCAAAACGCAAAUAUAGAUUCAUCUCAUCACAACCGAAGGUCCAGAUUUAGAUCCGGAAAAAUUCAA